AUGAAUGGCCUGUCGCAAGAAUCAGGCAGCGUGGAACAGAUCUCGUUGCACUGCGCAGAGGGAUCGCUGGAGUGGCUGUAUCCUGCGGGAGCCUUGCGCCUGAGUCUCUUUCCUCGCCUUUCCACGGGCUCCACGGGCAAAGAGAAGAGCCCACGCCGCGUCACGGCCUGCAUCAAAUCAUCCAGCAGCUUCCGCGGGGCUCAGAUCUACCUGGAGAGGGACGGUGUCUUGGAGCUCCUGCUCUCGGAGGCCGAUGCGGUGUUGCAGCCCAAGGUGCGCUGCUUCAGCUGGCUGCCCAAGGAGAAGGUGGCACUGUUCCUCCAGUCCACCCUCCACCAGGACAUCAGCCGCCGGAUCGCCGCCUUCCGCUAUGAGCUGAGGGGCGACUGGAACUCUCGCUUCUCUUGGCCGUCCGGCAACCUCAGCACGGAAGAUGCAGGGGCCUGCCGUCCGUGCAACAACACCGAGAUCCUGAUGGCUGUUUGUACUAGUGAUUUUGUCAUUCGAGGCAACAUCCGGACAGUCUCCAAUGAUGUGGAAUUACAAGAAUCCAUCAUCAACGUGAGUGCCACCCGCAUCCACCGCCAGAAAUGCGCCUUGUUCCAGCCGGCUGGCAAGUACGGGAAGUCAGCUGGCAGUAUCCGUACCCUGCUGCGGUGUGGAGUGAAACCUGGACCCGGCAGCUUCUUAUUCACGGGGUGGUUGCACUUUGGGGAGGCAUGGCUCAGCUGUGCCCCUCGCUACAAAGACUUCCGCCAGAUCUACGAGGACGCGCGGCAGGCUCGCGAGAACCCCUGCGAAGUCUCGUUGGACUGAUUUGGGGCACAGGGGAAAAGAAUGGAACCUGGCUUCCGAUUUGGGAAGGG